AUGCAAAACAGAGAGAAACAACGGGUCUCCGUCGCCGCCGCCACGUCAUCACCAGCAACCAUUGGUUCACGGGCGAGGAUUCUAUCGUCUCUCGUGAAACUCAACCCUUUUGGUAAGUUAAGAACGAAUGACCUAAACAAAGACAAAACGCCACCGUUUAGCGUCUUCUGCGCAAGAACCGAACUCUACUCGUUCCCGAAGUCACAAAGUGAGGCGGCGGCGAGAGUUCAAACGUCAGAGAGUUCAUCGGAAACUACAUCUCUGACUGGUGGUUCUUUUGAUGCGUACGGAAGUUGCGGCUUACUUAGGUAUGUUGUUGCACGGAACCUUAAGGAAGUUGCGGGAUUGAGACUUGGAAUCUUCUAA